AUGUCCUUCCCGAUGCAGUUUGCGUCCCAAACGCCCGCUACCAACUCUCUCUCGGUCAAACGUUCAAGACACGAUUCAGGCGUAGGUUCGAGCAUGAGCUCUGACGGACCUUCUGCGUACCAGAUGCCUACUCUCCCCGAAAUCCAUGGCGAUAUGAUGUUGGACGUUUUCACGCACAGAUCGGUGCGGUUUGCUGGAGCGCCUCCAAACGAGGACUUUGGUGAUAGUGAGAGGCUCGCGUGUGUCGGACAGAAAGUUCUCGCGCUGGCUGCGACAUCUGCCUUGUUCAAUCAACGACCGAUGCUCAAUGCGUCGACUUUGGAGACUCAAAUCGGUGACACCCUUUCAGACUCCAAAAUCGACGACUGGGUCACUGCGUACAAGAUGCGAGACAAGAUGCGCUGUUCGCCUGAUGCUCGCGACUCGCUCACGGAACCUAAAGUUGAGACGCUCCUUCUCUUUCAUAGUUAUGUCGGCGCUGUGUAUUUGCAACGUGGCCUCCCGGUAGUGCUAAAUUGGAUCGGCAAGCUGGUAGACGACAAUUUCGAGGACGUCGCACCGGAGCCACCCACACAGCCGGGACAACAAUCUCGAAACAUUAGACUGCUGAACAACAUGAAGCGCAUGAAAAUUGAGCCUUCUCCCUCUCCGAAGCUUAAUCAUAUCGAGCCCCCCUUCUCAACACCCCCUCCGCCGCCGCCACAGGCGCCUCCGCCGAUUCCAAUGGCACCGCCGAUGUCGAACGGACCCUACGUUCAGGCCGCCCCAACUUAUUUCCAGCCCAACCCAAUCACUCCAGCGCAACCCACGGCCGCCUUCCUCCCUGCAUUCAAUCAGCUUGCCGCCCAGAGAAAGCACUCGAUAGAGUGGCAAGCUCAAUCGACAGGACCAUCGCACGCGCCUGCGUGGACUGUCAACUGUUUAGGUGAGUGA